AUGGAGACGUUCACAAUCCACGACAUGCUCAUAAAUUCUACUGACUUGAACAAGAUUUUGUGUAAUUUCGGGAUCAAGAAUAUUUCGGAGUGCGAGAGCGAGCAGAAUCCGUCAACUGAACCUCAAGAUAUCAACCAGACAGUGCGGAUCGUCCUCUACAGCCUCAUCUUCCUCCUCGGCGUCCUGGGCAACAGCCUCAUCAUCGCCGUGCUGGUGAGGAACAGGCGCAUGAGGACCGUCACCAACCUCUUCCUGCUGUCCCUGUCCGUCAGCGACCUGAUGGUCUCCCUGGUCUGCAUCCCCUUCACCCUCAUCCCCAACCUGAUGAGGGACUUCGUCUUCGGCACUGGCAUUUGCAAGUUGGUCAUGUACUUCAUGGGUCUCUCAGUAAGCGUUUCCACAUUCAACCUGGUGGCCAUUUCCCUGGAGCGCUACAGCGCCAUUUGCAACCCGCUGACCUCCAGGACGUGGCAGACCAAAUCCCACGCCGUCAAGGUCAUCACUGCCACCUGGGUGGUGUCAUUCAUCCUGAUGCUGCCCUACCCCAUUUCCAGCACCCUGAAGCCCUUCACCCGCCUCAACAACAGCACUGGGCACAUGUGCCGCCUGGUGUGGCCGAACGAUGUCAUCCAGCAGUCCUGGUAUGUGUCCCUGUUGCUGCUACUCUUCCUGAUCCCUGGGAUUGUCAUGAUGACAGCCUAUGGACUCAUUUCCCUGGAGCUCUACCGGGGCAUCAAGUGUGAGGUGUCCAGCAGGAAAUCUAGCAGAGACAGACAACUCAGCACUGGCAGCAUCAAGGCCGGUGACAGUGAUGGCUGCUACCUGCAGCAGUCUAAAAAGAAGAGCAUCGCAAAGAGUACAGGCAACUCCAGCAGCAAGCCCAUGGUGGGCCGUGUGUGCGGCAGCAGCUCUACAGCCAACCUGAUGGCCAAGAAGCGUGUGAUCCGCAUGCUCCUGGUCAUUGUCUUCCUCUUUUUCCUGUGCUGGACUCCCGUCUUUGUGGUCAAUGCGUGGCAGGCGUUCGACCGACGCUCGGCCUACCGCCUGACCGGCGCACCCAUCUCCUUCAUUCACCUGCUGUCCUACACCUCGGCUUGUGUCAACCCCAUCAUUUACUGCUUCAUGAACAAGCGCUUCCGCCAGGGCAUGCUGGCUACAUUCACCUGCUGCAGCUGCUUACGGAGGAGCGGCGGAGCGAGCAGCAGCUUAGGGAGGUCAGCUGGAAUCGGAGCGGCUAAGGGGGAAGCGGGCAGAUCAAGAGCGGGGCCAAAGACCACUGAGCAGAAUGGCCAUACCCCGCCUAGCGGAGCCAGCACACGCCUCACCUGCACCGGCAUCCGUGCAUCCGCCUGGAGUGAGCUGACUUAAACUGGAUUGAUAU